AAUAGACACAGACAGGAAACAUGCGGAAAUGCCGAAACGAGUCGAAUUUAAUGAACUGAUUCAAAUAGACGGAAAUAUUUAGUUAAUGACCUCCUGGUUUGUUUGUUUGUUUGUUCCAGGAACGCGCGUAAUUAAAAAAAGCAAUAAUCAUGAUGCAUUUUAGUACGAUAUGCAGGUUAUUUAUCUUGGACCUGACCCGACAGACCAGUUCAUCAUGAUUGGAUGAAAUGCAUGCAGCUUAGUGAAGGAGGAAAAUAGUCAAAAACAGAAGACCAGUCCUUUUGUAUUCAUAGAAAUCUCAAAGGCAAUGGCUGAAAUGGAAAAAGUUGCCUUUGUGAGCAACCUCAAUGGCACAACACUGACAGAAGUGUCUCUCGGAUCCUUCCUCGCACCUCUCUGUCUUCUCAGCCGAGGCUUAGUCUUGCUUGUGUUGCACCUAAAUAAAGUCGUUCUUCCACUAAGCAGCAGUGCUCACCUGCUUUUAGAUUUCACUCUGCUCAUAGCACCGCUGGUACUCUCAUGCACUGUCCUUAGCGACAUCCUUCAUUGGGUUAUAAUAGCCAUAGCUGUCACUGAUGUUUGUGCAGUGUCGAUUUUGUACUCAAAAAAGAGUAAAAAACAUACUGGUAAUCGAAGUAUGAUUGAUAGUUUUGAACACAGCCAUGUCGAAUCCAAAGUGGUACCUUUUUUGACCGCAUUCAGGGUGCUGGUCAAUGUCAAGACAGCUAUCAGCAUCCUUGCUGUGGAUUUUAGUGUUUUUCCAAGGAGAUAUGCCAAAACUGAGACAUAUGGGACAGGUGUUAUGGACUUCGGCGUGGGAGCUUAUGUUAUGGCGAAUGCAAUGGUGUGUCCUGAGGCUAGAGGGAAGAAAGUACAGGGUUCAAAACUGAGCUAUUUGGCGAAGCAGCUUUUCUCCGUCUGGCCCCUGGUCGUGCUCGGGUUUGCGAGGCUGGCGAGUGUGAAAUCCACAGGCUAUCACGAACACGUCACUGAAUACGGCCUGCACUGGAACUUCUUUUUCACUUUAGCCAUCGUGAGAGUGGUGGCUUCGGCUAUCCUCGCCAUAUUUCCCGUCAGUGCCUCCUGGCUCUUGUCAUUGCUGAUCAGUGGAGCUUACCAAGCCGUCUUAGAGACAACUGAUCUGAAAUCAUUUCUCACUCAGAACUCUGAGCGCAGAAGCUUUGUAGAAGCCAAUAAGGAAGGAAUAUUCUCUGUAGUGGGUUACAUCGCUGUCUACAUGGCUGGAGUUCAGGUCGGUGUCUAUCUAAUGAAGACUAGAACUCAGGUCAAGGACUGGAUACGAGUUAUCCGGAAUCUCCUCCUGGGAAGCUUUGGACUCUGGGUUGCUUUACAUGCCUGUCAAAUGCACAUAGAGCCAGUUUCACGUCGCAUGGCCAACCUGCCAUUCUGUUUAUGGACCAUAGCACAGUCCCUGUUUUUUCUUUCCUGUUUGGGGAUAGCAGAUAUCGCAUUGCUUUUUGCCAAAAUGGUGUCCAAUUUCUCAGCUGUGUCAACCUCCUGGAAUCCCAGUCGACGUUCGGAUACGGAACGGAAAAUAAGGAACAAACUGGACGCUUUGUGUUUGAUCCAGUCUGUGAACAGGAAUCAGUUGUUGUUCUUCCUGCUGGCGAAUGUAAUGACUGGAUUAACCAACGUACUCGUAGACACUCUGAAAAGCAACGACUUCUUUGCUGUUUGUGUUUUGCUCUCUUACAUGUUCAUGAACAGUUUAAUUAUAUUCAUUUUACAUGUAAAUGAUUUUACAAUUAAAUUUUGGUAAUUUUCCCCUUGCUUGAAUCAGUUUUGAAUAAUCACUGCUGUGAAGAUGAUAUUUGAACAAUAUUGUAAGUUGUAAUCAUGACCAAGCUGAUAUGUGAUAAAUAAAACACUGAAAAUGAA